AAAAAAAUAAUUGGUAUAUUUGUGAAAUCUAAAAAAAAAAAUAAUAAAAUUUUAGAAUUUUCGGGAUUGAUCAGUCAUUUUGGAUAUUUUAUUUUUAUUAAUACCGUUUCAUAUUAAUUAAUUAAAGAGACCCUGUCUAAUAAAGGUAUUUUCUAUUAAUUAAAGAACAGACUAAGGAGACCGCAAAUAUAUGGGACUCAAUUCAGAAUAUAGUAAAAUAAAUGUAUAUAGUCACAUCACAAGGAAUUCAGAAGAACGGAAAUAAUAAAUACGAUAUUUAAAAAGAAUGUUUUGUUUAAUUGGCUUCAAGAACACUAUUUGAUAAAAUAUUUUUCAAGGUCAUUUGAGCUUCACGACAGUGUAAGUAAAGUUACUUCAUCAAAAACAAAAAAAAAAUUAUAAUCAAUGACAUCAUCACUUCAAAAUCGUUAUUGUUGGCGAAUUGAACACUUUAUAGAAGAAGUACAAGAAGAAGAAGAAGAAAAAAAAUUUUUAAAAAAUUGAUAGGAACACAAAAAACAAAAAAAAAAAAUCGAAAAGUGAAAAUUAAUUAAAUAAUAAAAAAAAAAUUCAUUAGCACAACAGUCAGCAAAGUGCAUAAGAGCGGAGACACGGACACAGCCAGAGUCAUUGUUUAUUUUUUAUUAAAUUGUAUAAUUGUGUGUAUAUAAAAUAAUAAAAAAAAAUAUAAUUUUAAUUAUUUUAUUUUUAAUAAAAUAUAUAAACAAAGAAGUUCCAAGUCAAUCAAGUCCUCUGUACACACACAAAAAAAAAAAACAGUCAAUAUGAAUAAGGAAAAAUUUGGUUUUUCAACACUUAGUCGUUUAUUAGGGAAAAAGAAUAAAGAUAAAAAUAAUACAAAAUCUAAUGAUAAUACUAGUCAGAAUGCUGUCAUUAAUAAUAAAGGAAAUUAUCAACAACAACAACAGAAACAGCAACAACAACAACCAACACAACAGCAAUUACAACAAUCACAAAUAAAUAAUAGUAUAACACAUAAUAAUACAAUAUCACCAUUACCAGCUGCAACAACAAAUGCACCAUUUGAGCAAACAUUUCGUAUAACUGUAUUAUUACCAAGAGAACAAUUAUAUGUUGCACGUUUAGGUGCUAGAGCUAAAUUAAAACAAUUAAUGCAAUUGGUAUGUGAAAAUAAAUUAUUAAAUGGAGAACAAUAUGAAUUUCGUGAUCCAAUUGAUUCUAGUCAAGUAUUCGAUUUAGAAUCAACAAUUGGAACUGUUGGUUUAUCGGAGAUACGAUUAUGUCACAAAAGUGAACAAAAAUAUAAUAAUCAUUUUAAUUCUGAUGAUAUUGUUAAACUACGAAAUCAGACAUCAGUAACUGGACGACUUUCUGUAACAUCAUCUGAACAAAGUAGUAAACAUUCAAUGAAAAUUAUUCCAAAAGCAAGUCCAUAUAGUUCAACAAAUUCUCUAAAUUCAAUGGAUUCAACUGGAAUGCAUGCUAAUUAUUCAACACCGAUAUCUAUACCACAAUCAGCUGUAUCAACGAUAUCAACAACAACUACUAUGGUAACAUCUGGUCCAAUUAAACCACCAGUUGCACCGGCACGAAAAAAACGUUUAGCACCAAGACCACCUAGUCAAAUAUCAGUACCCGAAAAAGAAGUUUUACCACCAAUAACAGAAUGGAAACGACCAAAUCAAAAAUUAAAUGGUGAUUCACAACAAUUAAAUUACGAUAAUAAAUCAUCAGAAUUUGGAUUACAGCGAAAAGAAUUUUCAUCAUCGACACCAAAUUUAAAUUCAAAUGGAAAUGGUACUGCACAUUUAGCUAUAUAUGGAGAAAUUGAUCUACACGAAAGUAGUACUUCAAUUGAUUGUAAUGGAAAUAAUCAAACUAGUCAAAAAAAUUAUAACCAUAAAGAACAAAGUAUAGAUGAGGAAUCCGAUUGGGAACGUAAACGUAAAGAAGAACGUAAUAUUCAUAAUCGAUCGAUUUCCGUUCAAUAUGAAAACGGUUAUACGAAGCAUUAUUUCGGUAGUGUACAAAAUUUUUCAGCAACACCAAAUCCAGAAGGAUAUGACUCAGGAAGUUAUUUAAGUCUUGAUCAAUAUGCACCAGAUAAUCAUCAAAAACCUAGAGGAUUUCCUCAACCAAGUCCAAGAAAAAUUAUUAAUAUUAAGAAGAAAACAGCUGCACCGCCACCACCACUUCCACGUUCAGUUGCUCCUAAACCAAUUGCAACUCCACGUGAAACGAUUAUAAAUACAGAAAAUGAAAUUAUGCGCAAUGGCAUUUUAGAGGGUGACAAAAAACAUGAAGCUAAAAGUGCAACAAAUAUCAUUCCCAAUGGGAAUACUUUAGUCGAUAAACUUCGUUCUCCAGCGGCAUCUGAUUUAGUUUCGUAUGAUGGAAGUCAACUUAGUGAAAUUUCUACAGAAAAUGGACAAUCAUCAAGAACUGCUUCCACGUUAUCAAUGACAUCUCAAAGUACUUCAAUAUUAGAGGAACAAUAUUCCAAUCGAAAGAGCUCCGUGAAAGAAGCUGAAUCUGUACCAAAAUCACCAUCAAAAGAAACAAUAAAUAUAAGAAACUCUUUGUCAGAAAAUACAAUGAAACCAUUGCAAGAUGAUGACGAUUCGGUUGUGGACGAAGCCAUUUUAAUGUGUAUACCAGCUCCUCCAAGAUUUGCAGAUGGUAGUGAACAUAUUUUACAAGAAAAUCCUCCUAAAUCGCCAGAAGUGCCAAAAGUUCAAAUCACAAUUCAAAAACCAAUAACUCCAAACAUAAACGAAACACAGUAUAAAGACGAAACUGACUUAGUAACGGAAGCAUUUAAAGAUAUUGAAGAUAUGCCAGAUGAAACCACUGAUAUAAUAGAAGAAUAUAAAAUUGAAGAAACUAUUGAAGUUGAUAUUAAAGCUCCUGCAACUGAAACCGUAAAAGAAGAUAUUGUUAUUAUAAAUUCGGAUGUCGAAGAUGGUUAUCAAGGAAAUAAAGUUAAUUCAAUAACCACAGAAUCAAAAAUUGAUACUAAUAAAUGUGAGCAACAUGAUGAUGAAAAAUGUGACUUAAAAAAAGAUAUUGUACAGCCAGAAAGGACUACUACUACUGUUAAAACUUGUGAAACGAUUGAAAUUAUUCCAAAUGAUACCGGAAAAGAUUCAAUUAAUAUUCAAAGUCAAACUCUUGGGAUCGCACCAAAAAUAUUAACAGAAAUAACGCAAAAUUCAAAUGAAAUUAACAACUCUUCAAAAUUGAAUACUGCACCAACAAAAACACCUAUGACAGAACAGAAAGAUUCAAAAAAAGCAAUAAUAGAGAACACAACAGAAAUGCCAAUAAAAUCUAAAGCAAACGACAGACUCUAUGAGAAUCGUGUAACUGUAAAACUUUCUAAUUCAAUUAAAUUUAAGAAGAGUAUUGGACGCUCUGAUUCAUUUCAUGCUACUCAACAUUAUCAAAAUAAUGAAUUUAAGCAUUCAAAUUCUGAAGAGGAUUCAGACUCACGUAGUCUAUCAUUUUUAUCACUAUUGGCAGCACAACGUGAAGAAAUUCGAAAUUCACAAAAUUCAUUGAAUACAAUAGAUCGUAGAAAAUUGGAAAAUCGUAAAUCUACCAGUGAUCUAAGAAUUGGAGAGUUACCAAAUUUACAAAGUUUAAUUGUUAUGAAAUCAAUUUUAAAUUCACAAAAUAAUUUAAAUAAAAUAAGUCAAAAUGAUGUUAGUAAUAGAAAUGAUUCUGACAUAAGAGAAUUUUCAACUGAAAAUAUUAAAAGUGAUUACAGUCAAAAUAAGACUGGUGAUAUUGAGGUAAAAAAUGAAGAAAUACCAAAGAUUAGUUCUAUUUUAAGAUUGACAAAAGAAAAUAGUGAAGAAAUAAAUAAGGAAGGAAAAUUAAAUGAAGGAGAAGACAUUGAUGAUACAAAUGUAAAAAAAUGGACAUAUCAGGGGCGACCGAAUAUUAGUUUGUCAACAUGGAGUGAACGACCAAAACAUACAAAUGAUGUUACAAUUAAAAAUGAAGGUGAUUAUAUUUUUGGUGGAGCAACUGUAAAAAGGACAUCAUCUAUCAGUUCAUUACAAAGAAAUCGAAUGUCAUUACCAGCUGUAACACAAUCUACAUCAUCUAAUCUUCAUAUUACAAAUUAUUCAUCCGAUAAUAAAAGACAAAGUAUAGCUGAUGUAAAACUACGAAAAGUUGCAGAAGAAAUACCAUCUAAUACAAAUAAUAAUCAUUACCAUUCAAAUAAUAUUAAUAACAAUAAUAAUAAUGAAUACCCUGAUUUUCGAAGUACUCUAAGAAAAUCAGAACAUUCUAAAAAAUUAUAUUCACAAAACGAAAAUACGACUGAUUUGGAAAAAGCACAACAAAAUAAUAAAUCGAAUGAAAAUUUAGAUAAAACAUUUGAAGAGAAAACAAAAUCAUUUGGUCCAGUUAUUAAUCGUCGGACUACUGGUUAUAAAGAAAAUUUAAUUUUAGGACAACAAAAAUUAAAUCGUGAUGAAAAAAUUACAUCAAUUAAUAUUAAUCAGUAUCAGAAUCAAAGUCAAAAUCAAAAUACACCAAUCAACAAUGAUAGGCCAAUUGUUGAUGUUAUAAGAAAAUCAUCUGUACAAUCCGAAUUUAUAAUGCCUGUAAAAAUGCAUAUUAAUGAAAAAGCACUUUAUAAUGAUGACACAGAUAAUUUAAAUUCAAGCCAUCAAAAUUCAAUGCCACUAAUAAGACCAAUAAUUAUUAAACAAAAUAUGAAUUUAAAUUUAAAUAAAAAACCAAUAACAACAACAACAACAGCAAUAAAUGUAACAAAAAAUUAUAAUACAUCAACAAAUAAUAUAAUAAGUCCAACUGGACCAGGAUCAGGAUCAAAUAUAAAAACAAUAACAACAAUUACACCAAGUACAACACCAACAAAUACUCAACAACAAAUUGAAAUUGAUCCAAAAGCAAAUUUUUUAUCAGAAAUUCAAAGAUUUGAUAAGAAAAAUUUAAAACAUGUUUAGAUUAUUGUUUUAAUAUUAAAAUAUAUAUAUUAUUGGUAAAAUUAAUAAAUAACUGUUAUACAUGAAAUAUUUAGUAUCCCUAUGUAUUAUACGAAUAUAUUCAUUUCUAUAUAAAAAUUAUUUUUUUGUAAUUAAAAAUUAUAAAUUGAUAUUA